AUAAUGAUUAUCAGAUCUGCUACAUAAUCAGAAUUCAAAAACAAAAAGAAAACAUUCACUUAGAAAUUUCAAUAAUAAUCAAAACAUUUUAUUUAGAUAUAUACUUAAUAGUAAAUUUCGUCCAGUACAAAUGCAUGCUGUUACUGGAAAUACUCAAACAACAACGGUUCAAAGUACUCUUUUUGCACCAGCAGUUGUCGGUGGUGAUGAAGAUGUUAAUGAUUAUUAUGAAGGUUUUAAAAAAAUAAAAAAAUUAACUAAUCUUCGUCGUAAUGAACAAGAUGAUGAAUUUUUACCAUUUCCCGAUCAAAGUGGUAAACUUUUUCAACCGAUUGGUUCAACAAUACCAAAAUUUGAAUUUAAACCAAUAACAGGUUUAACACAUAGUCAACAAGCACAUUUAAAGGCACGACGAGCUGCUAAUCGACAACAACAACAACGAAUUGAUGUACGUCAAGAAAUCGAUGAUUUACUUAAUAUUGAUGAUUUUGUUUUACCUGAUGGUGAACGUCCAUUAUCAUCAGCUGAAUUAUCAACAAAUGAACAACGUCAUUAUGGUUUACCACCAAGAUUACAUCAUAAAAUACCAGUAGGACCACCAAAAAAAGGAUCAUUAGGUGAUUUACUUAAACAAAAAACUAAACAAUCCGGUGAUCGUAGUCCAUCACCAAUGAUCGAUGAAAGUAGUUUAAAACGACGACGACAACAACGACGACGACGUUCUCAUUCAUUAAGUUCAACUGGUAGUGCACAAUGGUCACGAUCAUCAUCAUUAUCGAAUAAUGAUGAUCGAAUAUCAAGACAUUCAUCACGUGAAAUGACACCAACAAUUGAAAAUAAUCAUGAUGACAAACAUGAAACAAUUGAAAAUGAUGUAACUGAUAUGAAUGAUUUAUCAAAAUUACUUGAUUUAAAUGAAGAAGAUGAAUUAUUAUUAUUACAAAUUGAAGUUGAACAAGAAGAACGUAAUAUACGUCGUGAAGAAAAACGUCGACGUAAAGAAGAAAAAAAAAAUAAAAAAUUAAAUAAAAAAAUAAAAUUAUUAUCACAAAAUGAUGAACAAAAAAUUAUUCAACAAUGUCUCAAUGAUUUAAUUGAAAAUAUUUGUUGUCAAGAAGAAAAUACAUUGAAUUUAAAACGAACGUUUGAUUAUUCAGAUGAUGAAUUAUCAAAAAAGAUUAAACUAGAUGAAAAAAGUUAA